GAAUUUUACAAGUGGAGGUUAGUGAGUGAGUGAGUGAGUGGGUAUUUGAGUGUAUAUACAGGGCCAGAGAGAGUAGUGAGAGCAGUGUUAGUGCCACUCUCUGUGUAUAUAGACGCAGGGAGAUUAGAGGACAUCGAAAUAAAGUAGUAGAAGAGGUAGAAAUAGAAGGACGAGAUCGAAAUACCGGUAGGGGAGGAGAUUGAAGUAAAAGAAUUAAAAAUCGAAGUAAGAGAAGAGGAGAUUGAAAUACAAGAGGGAGGAAGAUAACGAAGUAAUAAAAGGAAUAGAUAUCGAAGUGCAAGAAGGGGGAAGAGAUUGAAUUGAGGAGAAAGAAAUUGAAGUACGAGCAAACAUCGAAGUCCAAGAAGGAAAGAUCCAAGUCACAAGAUUACCGCAAGGAGAGAGCGUGUGGUUGGUUACAAUGCCCGGCCGUGUCCUGCCCAGCCCUGCGAGUGAUGAUAUGUAGAGGUGCGGUAUGGUCAGUUCGGGCGGCGCCAUGGCUGUGUUUCUACUGCGAAUGGUCGGUAUUUUGUCCCUGGAAUCGGCAGUACAGGAUCAGGAGGCCGCCUUUAACCUGACGGAGGGGGCCAAUACGACCUUACCCACGACCCCGGGGCCUCAUAACCUCACAGGGCCCCUCCCAACGCCCCCACAAGUGUACCCAGUUGAUGCCACAAGCCCCGCCUCCACGGCCGCCCCGGGGAGUGAAAACAGCGAAGUCCUUCCUCCACUUGUCAAAGAAAAUGGGUCUCUUGUAGGUGAUUCGACGGAGGAUGGGACGGUCUUGCCAACACCCAGCCCUCUUGUGGAUCCUAGAGGGGAGGGAAGGAGGGAAGGGAGAGGUUUUGGCUACCCGUAUUCUUCUUCCUCCUCCUCCUCCUCCUUCUCCUCUUCCUCCUCUUCGUUGUUGUUGUCUUCAAAUUCCUCGUCCCCUUCCCCAGACUCUCUCACUCCUCCUCUUCCUCUUUCUUCUACUCCUUCCUCAAACUUUUCCUCUCACCCACAUAAUCUAUUUUCACACUCAGAUAAUUCGCCCGAGCCAAACACCUCGUCAACACACGGCCCUGACUCAGCCACACAGCCACAGCAUCCCUCCACACAGCCACAGCCCUCCCCUACAGCCUCCCAACAGCCCUCACAGCAUCCAAGACCUCCACAAAUCCCUCCCACACCACCACAUGACUCCACCACACCCCCACCACAGCAUCCACGACCACAUCUCGAAUCCCUAAUGGAAGAUGACGACUCUACCCUGCUAAUCGAGCCCCACAGACAGACAGACACAGACGCAGACUACCAGGAGCUUGACCCCCCUCCCUGGAUGACCACCCCCACCCCCUCCCUCGCCUCUCGCAGCCUAGUCAGCCCCAUCCCCCCCAGACCACCCCCAGCCCAUACCCAUCAACCCCAACCAAGACGAAGAGACCCACACCUCGCCGGAACAGACCCAAGGACCAUCGCUAGACCCAGAAAAGUCCCCCCAGCAAGACCCAGACCCCCCAUCCCCCCUGUGCCCCCAGCAGGAACCCAAGCCCAGCACCCCCAGGCCCCAGCACCGCCUCCACCACCACCUCCACUACCGCCGUCACCACCACCACCGCAACCACCGCAGGCUCAACCACCACCUGUAUCACCACCUCCUCCACCCUCCACUGAGCCCGCUGCCCCUCCUACCCCGGUCUACUCACCCCCCAGCCCCCCCGAAAAGGAAUAUGAGGACGGCUAUGAAUAUGAGUACGGUGAAGGUGGUGCCAGGUUCGAGGUUCAGACCAGCGAGCCCCAGGUCCUGUUCGUGUUUGACAAGCCCGGGCACUCCCCCUCCCCCCCCACCACCAUGGCCGCGCCCACGCGAGCCCCGACCCCCAGCGACCCGUGGGACUGUGCUCCACGCUGCCCCAGGUACACCCUUCUGGAGUGGAACAUGGACUACGACGUGCGCCAGUACCCCGACACGCUGUGGGUGAGCACCGUCAUGAUCUCCGAGAACCGCGUCCUGGCCGAGCUGGAGGGUUACAUGCGCGUCCAGGACUACUUCUACGGCCUCAACGACCAGGGACUCGUGCUCAACCUCACCGUCCCCUUUGUGACUCAGAUCAAGUUCGGGCGUCACCCAGGCGUCCUGCAGGAGACCAACGACUUCACUGUGUCCCUGUACGUCCAGCCCAACUACUACAGACCCGGGGACCUGCCCACGCCCAUCAGCAACGAAGUGCUAGUGGACGAACUGGAAGCCAAGACGGUGUUUGUGCACAGCUUCGAGGCCAACGUGUGGGAGGUGACGGAGGCGCUGCUGGAGGAGAAGGUGACGACGUUCAUGACGCAGCUCCGCCAGCACGGGGAGGCCUUCAUGGACCGAUACUACUACCUCGCGUCCUACAGCAGGCCGGAGUUGUACCAAGCUGUGUACUACGAGAUCUGGAUAUACGCCACCAAUUUCCGGAACCCCCAGACCCCCGCCAAAGGCCCUCCGCCCCCACAGCGCCGCCCCCUCCGCGCCAACAAGGUCACACAGCGCACCUUGACCAAGCUGUGCAGAGGUGUGGAGUGCCCCCGCUUCGAAGUCCUGCGCACCUUCAAGUACGGUAUACAGAAGCGACGCUACUUCGAUGGCCUCUUCGCCUCCACAUCCCCCGAGGAGUGCCACUUCACCACCACUUCUAUCUGGAAGGGCUUCAUGCCGCUCCACCUCUACAAGCACGGCAUCAACUCCCACAUGGAGGUGCUGGAGGCCACUCGUCCCAUCGCCCUCGUGCAUGUCAGAACCUCGUCAGCGCCGCGCCCCGAGUGCCCACAGAACCUCACUAUGUCCUUGUAUCUGCCUCGUCGCCUGCACUCCAACCCGCCCCUCACUGGCUACUCCGCGCCCAACGUCCACAUCACCGCUAUGAAUGACGUCAUCGUGUACGCCUAUACGGUUGGCGGGUACCUGCUGGACCCCGCUCGUGUCCGUCAGGAGCUCGCCGACCUGAAGCACCGCCUGUCGGAGUUCGGCGCGUGCUACAGAGACGACGAGCAUUACGUGGUUAUCUACGACUUCAUUGUCAGGUACCACGGAAGGCAGAACGAAAUUUGGGUUUUGGCCGAAAACUGCAAAGCGACCCACAACGGCUGACCUGCUGGAGGGGGGCGGGGGAGGAGGGGAGGGGAGGAAGGGUGUGAAGGGGAGAAGGGAAAGUUACGGUAAGGGGAGGGGAGCCGCAGGACUAUUUAUAAACACACACACACACACACACACACACACACACACACACACACACACACACACGUUCUUGGAUUUAGUGAACA